UUUGAAGUUUCGUUUGUUUAUCAGUGUAUCGUUUUUUAAUGAAAGACGGAGGUGAUCAAAAUUCUUGGUUAUAAAUAUGUGCUGUUAAUGUUCCUGUUUCUAAAUAGUGGAUUUUAUGUAUCAAAGGAUACAUAAUGUAUAAAAGAUGUAUAAUGUAUAAAGGAUGGAUAUGUAUAAAGGAUAAAUUUAAAGUUAUUGUCUUUAUUGGUUUGUUGGUGAAGAACUCCUUAAAUUUGGAAUGUUAACUGAACCAAUCAUGCAUGAAAGUAUAAUGAGGUUGCUCUCGCAAGGAGAUGAAGAAUCACUUGAGUGUUUGAGUAACUUACUAAAAACGAUGGAAGGUUAUUUUACACAAAUGCAGAAAAUAUUAGACAAACAUUCAAACAAUUCUAAGGUCAGAUUUAAGUUGCAAGAAGUAACAGAUUUAACGAGGGAGGUUGUCGCAGUGUCAGUUUCAACCUCUCCAGAAGUCCCUCAAAGCCAAGCAGAUGAACAGCCUCUACCUCCUGCUGCAAUUGUAAAUAGUGAAUUACUUAAUACUAUUCAUCUGCCUUGGGGAAUACUCUCUGACAAUUCACCUCAGAGUGACAUCUCACUAGUUGAACAGCAGAGUGAUUCAUUUUCAGUUUCACCUACAACUGAAAAUGAAGACAAAGAAAAUGUAGAUGAUCAAGCGCAGAAUAAAAUAAAACAAUCAAAUAAAAUAAAAUACAACUACAAAGAAGAUCAAUGGAGUCCUGUAAAUAAAGAGGGGAAUAAGCGAUACGAUAGGAAUUUUCUUCUUCAAUUACAAUGCGUGCCUAUGUCCUUAGUUAAACCUCAGAAAUUGCCAAACCUAGAUGUCAUUAAAGACAAGCCUCAUGUACAUAAGUUGGGCAGACCAAAGUUAUUGCCUGUACUGUCUAUCUACCGAGAUCACUUUUGGCCAUCUUUACCUCGGAGAGGUGUACCAAGAAUGAAAAAUCGGUUUCCUAGAAAGGACGAAAACAAUCCUAAAGCCAUCAAACUAACUCAAAAAGAAGCUGAACCUGAAGCACAUGAGGAACAAGAGAAACUCCAGAACGUUCCCUUCCAAAAAAGAGUACCUCAUGACCAAGACAGAAGUAAAAAUAUAGCUGAAAGCACUGAAAUAUCUGAAGAGGGCUUGAUGUCUUCUACAAAAAAUAUAAGUAGCUGUUGUAUUGUUGAUCCUGAAAAACCUGCACUGUCUAAGCUUACUGAUGUCGACAGUAUAAGGCUUGGACCAGGAAGAGCAAUGCAAAGUUCGAGUGGAGGUGAAAUUGACUGUAAUUCAGGCUCUAGUCCUGAGAGGGCAGCAGCUCAAACCUCUGAAAUAUCUGAAGAGGACUUGAUGUCUUCUACAAAAACUGAAAGUGGUAAUAGCAAUGAUGAUCCCAAUGAAUUAAAACUGACUGAGAAAUCGUCUACUGAACCAAGCAAUACACUUCAUGAUAUGAAUACGCAGGCUGUUGCAGCUCAACCAGAAAAGUAUCCUAGCUCUGGUGGAAUGCCUACUGCUCAGCAGCACUAUCAGUCGAUGGCUGGUCCAGUAUAUAAUCCUCAAGCUGCUACUUUAGCACAGCAAUGUCAACAGAUGCGUGCUAAUCCUAUGGCAAUGCCGCAAUAUGCUUUUACUCAACAAUUGUCUACUGUUCCAAGCAAUACACCUCAUGAUAUGAAUAAGCAGGUUGCUGCAGGUCAACCAGGAAUGUAUACUAACUCUGGUGGAAUGCCUACUGCUCAGAAGCACCAUCAGUCGAUGCCUCAGAUGAACAAUUAUGCUAAUCGGCGUAGUCUCCAAGGAAGAGAUUCUAAAACCAAAAAAGAUAAAGAGAAACUUAAAAGAAGUGUCCAAGGAAUCCUUAAUAAACUUACGCCACAGAAGUUUGAAACUCUAUUGACUCAAGUUAAAAAUCUUAAUAUCGACACCGAGGAAAAACUGUGCACAGUCAUUGAUUUAAUAUUUGAGAAGGCUGUGGACGAGCCAAACUUCAGUGUCCCCUAUGCAAACAUGUGCAAGCAUUUGGCAUUGAUCAAAGUGCCCACUAAGAAUAAGAACUAUGUGAAUUUCCGUAAAGUUCUUUUAACGAAGUGCCAGAAAGAAUUUGAACAGGAUAGAAGUGAUGAAUUGAAACACGAGGAAAGGGUUAAGGCUCUGGAAGAGACUGAUCCAGAAAAGAAGAAAGAGUUAGAGCAGGAAAUGUAUGAUGAAGAUAAGAAAGUGAGAUAUAGGCAGCUUGGCAAUAUAAGAUUUUUGGGCGAACUCUUUAAACUUGGGAUGUUAACUGAACCUAUCUUGCAUAAAUGUAUAAAGAUUCUCAUCUCCCGAGGAGAUGAAGUAUCACUUGAGUGCCUGAGUCAAUUGCUGAAAACGACAGGUAAAGAAUUGGAUUAUCGAAGAGUUAAAGGUUCAAGAGAAAGUAUGAUGGAUGGUUAUUUCACACAAAUGCAAAAUAUAGUAGACAAACGUUUAACUGGUUUUAGGGUUAGGUUCGUGUUGCAAGAUGUUAUAGAUUUAAAACGGAAUGGUUGGGUUCCUAGAAGAGAGGAAAACAAUCCUAAAACCAUUGACCAAAUUCACAAAGAAGCUGAACGUGAAGCACGUGAGCAACAACAGAAUCUGCUGAACAUGCUCUUCCAAAAAAGAGUACCCGCUGACUCAGACAGAAGAAAAAAUACUGAACAUAAGUUGAAAGGUCCAGAAUAUAAUAUUGAUCGGAUGGAAAUUAAAGCUAGGCUCCUAGUUGAUGAGUUUUUAGAUAAUAAUGAUUUUGAGGAAGCAAUCAGGUGUAUCACGGAGCUUGCUUCUCCUAGUACAAUCCAUUUGUUCAUUAAUGCUGCAAUCAACCAAGUCCUAGAGCGCUCUAGUCAAGCGCGCCAUUCCCUUGGCCAACUACUUUUUAACUUAGUCAAACAAAAUAUUAUCACCUUCGACCAUUACAAAAAAGGGUUCGAAGUUGUGUUAGAGUCGAUAGAUGAGUUCGCACUAGAUUUCCCCAUGAUAUGGGAGUACAUUGGAGAGAUCCUUGAGCCUAUUCUAGAAGAUAACAAAUUUACUCUAGGUGUUCUUAAAGAUGUCCUAAAACCUUGUAUUCCUUCCCAGACAGCUGGACUGUUGGUAUCAGCAACCCUGCAUUGUGCAGCUAGAAGAAGAGUUAGCAAUUUGUUUUCUUGUUAUCCAAUUUUUUCCCUCUGUUUUAUAUAGAACUAGUGGUAGUUA